AUGGAGGAGAAGACUCGUCAGCUGCUUUGUCGAGGGACUGGGGAGGAGAAGAUGGUGCGUUGCAGCACCAAAGAGGAGCGAGAGGUUUCUGGGCAGGUGGAGAAAACUCCACGCUCUGCAAUAUUCAACGACAUCAUAAAAGGGGGCCCCAUCCCCAAAACCUGGACCCACUCCAAGAUAGUCUCCAUCCCAAAACCACUAAAAGACAGCCUCAAAGUAGAAUCAUACCGCCCAAUCUCAUUAAUAAACCAAGACUACAAGAUAUUCACAUCAAUCUUGGCCAACCGCCUAAAAUCUUCCUACACAAGUUAA